CUUGCGUUUCCAAUCACGGGUGGUCGAUGUGAUCAGUAUGGCGUAUACUUUUAUUUGUUUGUUCGUGUACAGGUGAAAGUUGCUAAGACAAGCGAUUCCGGUUCUGCUGUGAGGAACUGCAGCGGAGCUUUGCUUUCUGUGCAUUACGUCAUAACUGCGGGUGACUGUGUUGACUUAAAAAAUGUCACAAAUGUGAGAGUAAUCGCUGGAAAUGCUGCAAUGUGGAAGGAUCAUAAGCAAGGGUCGACGUAUACUGCUCAAUCUGUACAGAGGCACCCUAAGUUUACUCUCGUGAACGGUCGAGUCACAACUCAGUUCAACUACGACGUUGCUUUGAUUCGCCUUAAUAAGCCUGUGCGGUUGGGAAAGCAGGCGAGCACUAUCAGGCUGACAAGCGCCAAGGCCAGGCCAGCCAUUGGUGACAAACUUAAGAUCGCAGGCUUUGGCAUUACGGACUGGGGUGAAGAUAUUCAGAAAGCCAGCCUCCGGAUGAAGAGAGGACAGCUUUUAAGCAGAAAAGAGUGCGGCAAGAAGCUGCUUGCCACAAUCACAUCCCAAGAAUUUUGUGUAGCCAAUUCCCCGGACAAUGGUGUUUCGGGAAGUCCUGCGUUCAUCGGCAAUAUUCUGUACGGAAUCAUGUCAUGGGGCAGUACAGUCUUCACGGACCUUGCUGCACCUGAAAUAAACUCUUUUAUAAUGGCUCAUGUUCGUACGUGAAGUUUUGAGAAAGCUUGAUGAAAUAAAAAUGUGAAUAUUGCA